AUGGCGUUGGACUCGAGAUCAGCAUAUUCGCUUAGUGUGCUUCCACCACAUCAAGACGCCUCAUCAGAACCGCGGACUGAAUUGCAAGCCAAAUUGAAGGAGUUUGUCCUCGCAUUCCAACUUGAUGGCUCGUACAUCUAUCGAGAUCAGAUCCGAGAGAAUGUUCUUGUCAAGCAAUACUUCUGCGACAUCGACCUCAGCCAUCUGAUUUCCUACAAUGAAGAACUAGCCCACAAGCUCACCAGCGAUCCUGUGGACGUGGUCCCUCUGUUUGAAGCCGCGCUCAAACAAUGCACACAGCGCAUUGUCUUCCCUCACGAGCCCGAAGUCAAGCUUCCCCAACAUCAACUCCUCCUCCAUUCGUCCGUCUCUCAGAUUUCGAUCCGCGACCUCAAUGCCACCAAUGUUUCCCACCUCGUCCGCAUCCCGGGCAUCGUCAUCGGCGCCUCGACCCUCUCCUCAAAGGCGACCGUUCUCUGCAUCCAAUGUCGCAACUGCGAACAUGUCGAGUUCUUACCAGUAGAAGGAGGAUUCACUGGCAUCACCCUCCCACGCACAUGCGGUAGACCGAGGAUGCCUGGUCAAGAAUCUGGCGACUCGUGUCCGAUGGAUCCAUACUUCGUGCUCCAUGAGAAGUCACAGUUCAUUGACCAGCAAAUUCUGAAACUACAAGAAGCUCCAGAUCAAGUCCCCGUGGGAGAGCUGCCACGUCAUAUUCUGGUCUCUGCGGACCGCUAUCUGACCAACAAAGUCGUGCCGGGGUCCCGAUGUACUAUUAUGGGAGUCUUUUCCAUCUACCAGGCCAACAAAGGGGGCAAGAGAGAUAAUGCAGUUGCAAUCCGAAAUCCAUACCUGCGCGCGGUCGGCUUAACCACCGAUGUCGACCACACGGCAAACGGACUGCAGUCAUUUUCCGACGAAGAGAUACAAGAAUUUGAAGAGAUGUCCCGACUCCCCGAUCUCUAUGACCGGUUCGUCAGGUGCAUUGCACCGUCUAUCUAUGGAAACGCGGAUAUCAAGAAAGCGAUUUGCUGUCUGCUGAUGGGCGGCUCAAAGAAAAUCCUGCCAGACGGAAUGAGACUAAGGGGAGAUAUCAACGUCCUGCUGCUGGGUGAUCCUGGUACCGCCAAAUCGCAACUGUUAAAAUUCGUCGAAAAGGUCUCUCCAAUUGCCAUCUAUACCUCAGGUAAAGGUUCGUCAGCCGCAGGUCUGACGGCUUCCGUCCAGCGAGACACGCAAACGCGGGAAUUCUACUUGGAGGGAGGUGCCAUGGUCCUCGCUGAUGGUGGCGUGGUGUGUAUCGACGAGUUUGACAAAAUGCGUGACGAAGACCGUGUGGCUAUCCACGAAGCCAUGGAGCAGCAGACGAUUUCGAUUGCCAAAGCCGGCAUCACCACCAUCCUCAACGCACGUACUUCCGUGCUGGCCGCCGCAAAUCCCAUCUUUGGCCGGUAUGACGACCUCAAGUCUCCGGGGGAGAAUAUAGAUUUUCAGACGACCAUCUUAUCUCGUUUUGACAUGAUUUUCAUCGUGAGAGACGAUCACGACAGAAAACGAGACGAAACAAUCGCCCGACACGUCAUGGGUAUUCACAUGGGCAAUCAAGGCGUGGAGGAACAGGCCGAGGUCGAAAUCCCGGUUGACAAGAUGAAGAGAUAUAUCAGCUUCUGCAAGUCACGAUGCGCCCCGCGUCUCUCAGCCCCAGCCGCAGAGAAAUUGUCAUCUCAUUUCGUCUCCAUUCGCAACCGUGUCGCCCAAGCCGAGCGCAACAGCAACGUGAGAUCUUCGAUACCCAUUACAGUGCGUCAACUCGAGGCCAUCAUCCGUAUCACAGAAUCACUGGCCAAACUCACCUUGUCGCCGGUGGCGGAGGAACACCACGUUGACGAGGCCAUUCGUCUCUUCUUGGCCAGCACCAUGGAUGCCGUGUCCCAGGGCGAGGGGGCCGGUGGCAUGGGCGCGAAUCGGGAAUUGAUGGAGGAAGUGAGCAAAGUGGAAGAAGAAUUGAGGAAACGACUUCCCAUCGGAUGGAGCACCAGCCUGGCAACCCUGCGGCGAGAAUUUGUUCAAGGGAGAGGGUACAGCGAAGCCGCAUUGGCCCGAGCGCUGCAUGUCUUGCAAAGAAGGGAGACUGUGAGACUGAGAAAUGGCGGCAGCCAGGUAUACAGAAGUGGCGUCUGA